CCCACCUCCUUUGAAACCCUCUUCGAUCCUCUUCAUAAAAACCCUACUUUAUCCUCUCUUUUUGAUCUCUCCCUCUCAUCUCUAGCUAGCUAAUUGCCACCAUCUCCUGAUUAAUUCUAAUACAAACAGAAAGUGAUCUUUGUCCGGGUGAUUCGAUCCAAUCUGUACGUAUCAGUAUUUCUCCUUUCAUUUCAUAACAAGCUAGGUCUCUGAUCAGCAUGGAAUCCGGCAAGCAAGGAGGCUCGGAGUCUUCAAGCGAAGAGAACGAUGGAAUAGAUCAGCAAGUCAAAGAUAUUGACAUGAGCAGUACCAAACGCUCUUACGAAUGCUCAUUCUGCAAGCGGGGCUUCACCAACGCGCAGGCCUUGGGAGGGCAUAUGAAUAUACACCGCAAAGAUCGAGUCAAGGCGCCCAAGCAACACACAACCGGCCCUUCGUUUCCAAAUAAUUUGGACGAAGACAACAUCCCUUCUAUCAUUUCAGUACCGGUUCCAUGCGAUCCAUCAAACUAUAACUUCCCAGCUAAUUAUGAGGCGCAGAAGAACUCUCAAAUGUACUUUCAGCCAUCAGCAUCAGGCUCUAGACACCCACAAGCAGCAAUUUUCCGUCAGAGUGAUUUGUCUGAUUCAAGGUCCCAGUCCUGGAGCAUGAACCAGGAACUUUUGAGCGCAAAUUUGAGCCUUCGAAUUGGCCCCAUGCAUGCAGAUCAGGAAGAUAGAAGGAAGAGGGGAGUUAACAAAGCCGAUGAAGUGGACUUGGAGCUUCGACUAGGUCAUGAUCCAUAUUGAAAUUUACUGUUAUUAUCAGUGAAAUAGUUAGCUAGCAAGAUACAUGCAUCUAUAUAUACCAUACACAGCAUAUAUUGUACAGUGGCGGACUUCUUUCUAAAGCUUACUAGCUACAUGAUUAAGACAUGGGUUUCAUGAAAUUAAUUACAUAGAUUAUAGUUGAAUUCCAAUUUGUAAAUAUA